ACUUUCACCCAGGAUGUCUACCACGCGACUUCCCCUUAGCAACCGACUGGCCACGCUUGGUUCCCUUAGUAACCGGGCGAAGCGUCCUCUGCAGAGAAGCAGUCGGGUGGCUGGCUCUUGAGACGGGAAAAUGCAGCGGUUGUACGACUCCAUCGAGCCGAGAGUGAUGGACGCAGACAUGCUCAAGCUGGCUGUCGGAGAACAAGGGCCACAGGAGGAGGCCGGGCAGCUGGCCAGGCAGGAGGGCAUCCUGUUCAAGGAUGUCGUGUCGCUGCGGCUGGACUUCCAGAACAUCCUCCGCAUAGACAGCCUUUGGCAGUUUGAGAACUUGAGGAAGCUACAGCUGGACAACAACAUCAUUGAGAAGAUCGAGGGCCUGGAGCAUCUCGUACACCUGGUCUGGCUGGACCUGUCCUUCAACAAUAUCGAGGCCAUUGAGGGGCUGGACACACUGGUGAACCUGGAGGACCUGAGCCUGUUCAACAACCGGAUCGCCAAGAUCGACUCCCUGGACGCCCUGGUCAAGCUGCAGGUGCUGUCACUGGGCAACAACCAGAUCGGCAACAUGAUGAACAUCAUCUACCUGCGACGGUUCAAGGACCUGCGCUCGCUCAGCCUCUCUGGGAACCCCAUCGCAGAGUCAGAGGAUUACAAGAUGUUCAUCUGUGCCUACCUUCCCAACCUCGUGUACCUGGACUUCCGGCGCAUCGAUGACCACACGAAAGAGCUGGCAGAGAGCAAGCACCAGUACAGCAUCGACGAGCUGAAGCACCGAGAGAACCUGAUUCAGGCCCGGCUGGACGAUGAGCUGGCCCGGCAGGUGGAACUGGAGAAGCACAAGGCCGCGUUCGUCGAGCACCUGAACGGCUCCUUCCUGUUUGACAGCAUGUACACCGAGGAUGUAGAAGGCAACAAGCUGGCCUACCUGCCCGGCGUUGGCGAGCUCCUGCAGGGCUACAAGGACAAAUUCAUCAUCAUCUGCCUGAACAUUUUUGAAUAUGGCCUGAAACAGCAGGAGAAGCGGAAAUUGGAGCUUGACACCUUCAAUGAGUGUAUCAAGGAGGCCAUCCAGGAAAACCAGGAGCAGGGCAAACACAGGAUUGCCAAGUUCGAGGAGAAGCACUUGCUGAGUCUAAAUGCCAUUCGAGAGGAGUCUGACCUGACCAAUAUUGAGGUGAGGAUAGUGGAAUACGGCGAGGACAUCACGGAGCUGUUCAACGUGCUCAUGACGCUGGAGAUGCAGUUGGUAGAGCAGCUGGAGGAGACCAUAAAUAUGUUUGAAAGGAACAUCAUGGACUUGGUGGCACUCUUUAUUGAAAAUGUCCAGAGCCUGAUGGCCCAGUGCCGGGACCUGGAGAACCACCACCACGAGAAGCUCCUGGAGAUCUCCAUCAAUACUCUGGAGAAGAUCCUCAAGGGCGAGCUGGACGAAGACCUGCCUGAUGACGUGCGCGCACUUUUUGUUGACAAAGACACCAUUGUUAACGCUGUUGGGGCAUCACAUGACAUCCACCUCCUGAAGAUCGACAAUCGAGAAGACGAGCUGGUGACCAGGACCAACUCUUGGUGUACACACUUAGUGGACACGAUCCACAAGGAUGAGAUCAUGAGGAACCGCAGGCGAGUGAAGGAGAUCAAUCAGUACAUCGACCACAUACAGAACGAGCUGGACAACCUGGAAUGCGGUGAUGUCAUAGAUUAGGCCACACCCACAUUGUUCCUUGGAACCCAGCCAUGGGCCCUCGCAGCGCGCACACAUGCCAGGCACAUCCCUGACCGUCUCGCAGGCAUUAACUGGGAGUCUCUAGACCCACAGCCCCUCCCCCAGCACCAUUUUUCCCUGCCCCCUGGGAAAACUUGCAAAUGUAGAGAAAAAUAAAGGACCACAUC